UUUUUAUUUCUUUAACAGUAAUCAGUGUCUCUUAAAUGUGCUUUCUAACACGUUGGAUCUGCUUGUUUCUAUUUGCAAUUUUUAUAAUUUCUUCUUCUAUUUCAGGGCAAUGUCCCCGCCUGCUGAGUCCAGUGUGUGGGGCGGAUGGAAAGAGUUAUGAUAAUGCUUGUCUAGCUGAGUUCAAGUCUAGUGUUCAAUGUGAUGGACCUUGUCCUUGUCAAGGUACAGAAGAAGUGUGCGCCUGCCCCAAACAUAUAAGUCCAGUGUGUGGUGAGGAUGGAAAUGAUUAUCAUAAUCCUUGUUUAGCUAAAUGUAAAACCAAAGUUAAAUGCAAAGGAAAAUGUCCUUGUGCCUAGUUCUGACUUCAAAUAAAUUUUUGAAUUUA